UGAUAUUUGUUAUUAAUAAAAAAGCCUGGGAAUUUCAGUUUUUUAGAAACAACUCAAUUGACAGAAAAAUGCAAUUCUUUUCAAAUCUCGCAAAGGUCAAGACACCACUAAUGUUUCGUCUGCCUCAAAAGCAGCAAAUGCAGAAACAGUUCGUCCAUAUUGGAGCAAAUAUUAAUGAAGGUGUCAGAAAAAAGUCGUCGUCUUCUUCACGCACCUAUGAAAUAAUUGACCAUGCUUACGAUGCAAUUGUGGUUGGAGCUGGUGGUGCAGGUUUGCGUUCUGCUUUUGGUCUCGUAGCACAUGGCUUUCGAACUGCGGUAAUAAGCAAAAUUUUUCCCACACGUUCGCACACAAUUGCCGCACAAGGUGGAAUUAAUGCAGCAUUAGGUAAUAUGGAAGACGACAAUUGGCGUUGGCAUUUCUACGAUACGGUCAAAGGUGCUGAUUUUCUUGGUGAUCAAGAUGCUAUACACAUGAUGUGCCGUGAAGCGCCGAAAGCUAUUGUGGAAUUAGAAAAUUAUGGCGUACCCUUUUCACGCAAAACAGAUGGUAAAAUAUAUCAACGUGCAUUUGGUGGUCAAAGUUUGGAUUAUGGUAAAGGUGGUCAAGCACAUCGCUCGUGUGCUGUGGCAGAUCGCACCGGGCAUGCUGUCCUGCAAACACUCUAUGGUCAAUCAUUGCGUUAUGAUUGCCAUUAUUUUAUUGAAUACUUUGCAUUAGAUUUGAUUUUUGAAGAUUGCGGUUGUCGUGGCGUUAUGGCUUUAUGUAUUGAAGAUGGCACUAUACAUCGUUUUCGUGCUUGGAAUACCGUCAUUGCUACUGGUGGUUACGGUCGCGCUUAUUUCUCAACAACUUCGGCACACAGUACUACUGGUGAUGGUUUCGGUUUGAUUACACGGCGUGGUUUGCCUCUACAAGAUUUGGAAUUUGUACAAUUUCAUCCCACUGGGGUUUAUGGUUCCGGUUGUUUAAUUACAGAGGGGAGUCGUGGUGAGGGCGGCUUUUUAGUCAAUUCGGAAGGCGAACGCUUCAUGGAACGCUAUGCUCCCAGUGCUAAGGAUCUAGCAGCUAGAGAUGUUGUCUCGCGCGCUAUGGCUAUAGAAAUUUUAGAAGGUCGUGGUACUGGUCCCGAAAAAGAUCAUGUGGAUUUACAACUUAUGCAUAUUGAUCAUGAGGUGAUUAAAACUCGUUUGCCUGGUAUCAUGAAUACAGCAAGAAUUUUUGCGGGUGUUGAUGUGAUGAAAGAACCAAUACCGGUAUUACCAACUGAACAUUAUAAUAUGGGUGGCAUACCGACUAACUAUCGUGGACAAGUGCUUACAAUAGACGAUGCUGGAAAUGAUGAAUUAAUUGAGGGCUUGUUCUCAUGUGGUGAGUGUUCCUGUAGUUCUGUGCAUGGUGCUAGCCGUUUAGGUGCAAAUUCCUUACUUGAUUUACUGGUGUUCGGAAGAAGCUGUGCUAAUGCUAUUGCUGAAUGCCAUAAGCCUUCAACACCUCCACCAGAAAUGAAAGAAAAUGCAGGCGAGGAUUCUAUUGAAAACAUUGACAAAUUAGUACAUAACAAUGGCAAACACACAACAUAUCAACUUCGCUUAAGAAUGCAACGAGCAAUGCAAAAAUACGGUGCAGUCUUUCGUGAUGGUCCUGUACUGUUGGAAGGAAUGAAAGUAAUGCGUGAAAUAUUCAAAGAUUUUAAGGAUGUCAAAAUUGCUGACAAGUCUAGAGUUUGGAAUACGAAUUUAACGGAAGCUUUGGAAUUGCAAAAUAUGCUAGCUAUUGGUAUGCUUACCAUUGUAGCAGCAGAAAAUCGCAAAGAAUCUCGUGGUGCACACGCAAGAGAAGAUUUCAAGAUGAGAAUUGAUGAAUUUGAUUAUAGUAAGCCUACCGAAGGUCAAACGGCUAAGCCAUUUGAAGAGCACUGGCGCAAACAUACAUUGCUUUGGUUGGUAGACGAUGAAGGUAAAGUUUUUAUACGCUACCGUCCGGUCAUUGAUCACGUCUUGGAUGAUUCAGUCAAAGCAGUUAAACCAUUUAUACGCAAAUAUUAAAAUAAUUUUUAUUCAUUUUUCGUAUAUUUUCAUUCGUAU